AGGACGACCACGGCCCCAGCAAGUAGAUGAAGCGGACUGUGUAUCACAGCUGUCCCUGGAAGAUGCCGUUUCAAAGUAUGGUAUCCCAGGAGGGUUCCUCCGAAUAGAUCCGUGGCGUCGCGCGGAGGUCAAUUUUGAUUUUCUCAACACAGGUAGCCAGCCGCAACUGGAAAAAUCGCGCUUAAAAGGUGCCUCUGGGGCAAGAACGACCGACUCUGAAGAUCAUCGACAAGUAGCGGAAAACGACUUGAGAUGCACCGGUGAUGAUCAUGAUCAUCAAUAUCCGCAAGAAUAUCCUCCAUACGCUGCGCCGCGAGGUGGGACUUCGAUAGCCAUGGAAAUGGAUGCCAAUAUGCAUCGGUAUAGUAGCAGCAUGCACGCCAACGACAUGCAGGUCCGUACGGGACCCUGGCCUGGCAUGCAGAGCGCUUUUCUGCAUGAGAAUGAUGCGAAACAGCAGGAGCAGAAACUUGCAACGAGUAGUUCUGGAGGGCAGACUUCACCAUUAUUAAGGCGUGGCCCACCAGGCACAUGGAUUUGGCACGAUCACGACGAUAAGACGAAGACAGCUCUUUCCGGUCCCGUUACAGGACAACAUCACAAACACCCAAGACGCUGCUCCAAGACGCAGAGCAGGUCUUCAUCGUCUGCGAGAAUAAUGCAUCCUGUCUCGAAAAGGACCGGCCAUGCAACUACAACUUCGAACUCAAUAUGUAGUAGUCAGAAGAAGUGGCAAUGGCCACUUAAUUUGGUUGCUCAAGAUCUGGAUACCUGGAAGGAUGGGCGAGACCGUAGAGCAGCUUCUUACUGGACCCCUGGAUUGCUACGUUCCCGUUUCGCAUCUGCGAGGAAGAAGCCCUCGCAUUGCUUGAGCAUGGACGAUUUUGAUGCCACUCGUAUCCUUGCUCCGCGUCACCAUCUUCAUGAGGGGAUGAACAUGAAGGGCCACGACGAUGAAAAACAAUGUUCUCCUACUUCUAGCUCAUACGUAAUUGCGAGAACGGGGACGGCGUCGGCCAAAAUACUUCACCUGAAACAAGAUGAAGAUUGUACAAUUCCUGGAAAUUAUCCAAGCAAAACUAGUACGACUUCUACUUCUAUAGAACGAAUAGACAAACAAGAGCUG